GCGCUAAUUAAUUAAUCAUGAAACAAUUUUACCGGUUCUUCAACAGCAUUAAAGAAUGCACAUACAAUCACGUGCAACUUAGACUUUCCUUAAUUAAAAGGAAGUACAUAUAAAGAAAGAAGUAUUCCACUAUCCGUCUUGUGUGUCCAUGUUCUGUAAUGUGCCGGGUUCCGGGUUAACCUCUCCCUAGAUUUUUUCCUGGUUCCCCUCAAGACUGAAUGCAAGAUGUGGGAAUCCCCUCCAUACAUUUAUCAUUAAUCAAGAAAAGCUUGCGUUGCAUCCUAGUAUACCUUAUUUGUGAUGUAUGAUCACAAGACAGCAUGUACUAUUCAGCAAAAACAUAUAUGUGGUACAUAUAUACUUGCCUAUCUCUAACGUCGUUAAAGUCAGCAAUCUUGCAGUAUGUUUUCAUGCAUACGAACUUUGUCCUCGUUCCAGAGAAGGAUUAUUUAAAAUUUUGAAGCUAUGUAACAAUUUCAGAGUGCAAAUAAUGAACAAACGUAGAAUUGAGAGCACAAUGUUCAUUUAGAAUAAAUCAUUACUAUUCAAUAAGUGUUAGAUUUAAAACAAGUGUUGGAAUGUUCUAUGUAAACAAGUGAAUCGUCGAACUCAACAAUCGAAGCAGCGAAUACUCGUUCAUUUUGCCAAUGUUGGAAGAUUCGGCCAGUCGAAACGCACCCUAAAGUGUUCCAAAGCAGACGAUCCUCGCACUGACACUCGUAAAUUCAUCGUGCGUGAGUGCGUAACACGCGUGCACAAUUUACCGUGCUUUAUACGUGAUUCUGCGCGCAGUAAGGGGGAUUUGGUGCUGGGUGGGGUCUAAACGAUGAAUCCCUUCUCUUCACGUAUCUGAUUCGAUCUGAUUCGAGUCAGUUUCGCGUAGUGCAACAGUAUCCUUUGUGCCCGACGCGUAAUACGCGUGCAGCGAUAUCCAUGUAAUGGCAGCGUUAAAUACACGCGAACCAAGGACCGUUUGCAGACCGUAAAUGUCCCGAGACAUGUUCGACUGGUUCGGAAUAUAUUUGAUGCCCGUUCGAAACCAACGGAAUGAAUUCUGAUUCACGAAAGUGAAGUUUACACACGCUUUUGUAUUUCAUCUGUCAAGAUAACGAACGACACAGACGUACAAUAUUGCGAAAGCGUAAAGGAGGUGUGGAGAUCUUAUCAAACGUUAUCGCCGCUACAGUGGAGAUACUGACCUGAGUUAUUGCUUCGCGAUUUUUAGUUUCUCCAGCAAUGUCGAACGGAUUGUGACUGACGUUUUUCUGAGUCACCUAGAAUUUUUGGCAAAUGUACAAAGAAUUCGCCCUUCGCCUAAUACUUAUCUGAAUCAUUCAGCCGAACAUCUUCAUGGAGGUGUUCAUAGUGUAAACAUAUCGGUACAUGGAAUUGAAGUCUAGUUACUUAAACAAAAUAUAAUCCAUUUAAUGGUAUUGUUACAAAGUGUCUGAAUAAGCAUAUUUUUAAACAUCAUCUGCAUUUAUAUAGAUAUAUAUAUUUGUAAUAUAAUAUUUAAAUAUAUAAAAUUAUUUAUUCGUAAUGGAAAAGAGAAGUAUUAGUGGAAAGGAUAUCCUCAGAAUGGAUGGUCUUUUACCACCAACCCGGCGAGUGCCUGUCUGCAACGCAGUCACUUCUAGAGAUAAAAGGAAGGAGAAGAAAUGGUCACUCGGAGGAAUCCUUAGAAGAAUAUCCUCUAUGAGGGAUUAUGAUAGUUCUUCGAAUGACGAAGAAAUAGUAUAUUGUACAAGAUCACCAAGGCCUCACAAUGUAUUUAACCGAAAAUCUCACAGCAACGUUAUUCUCCAUCCUGUCGAUAAAAAUGCAGAACAGUCUCUCAGUAAUAAUCCAGACCAUGACAGUAUUGCUAAAUCAUUGGAUACAUCAUCUUUACAAAGGGAUUCUGUGCAUCGUAGUAGUGACGGAUCACUAGAUGGACUAAGUAAAAAAGCACGGAAGAACAAAUUAAAGGCUCGAAUAGAAGCAAAAAGGGACCGUAUCUGUGCAGGCAGUAGUUCAGAUGAAGAGUCGCAUAAAUCUUGCAAUUCUUUAACCAGAUUUCACAAUGAAAAUGGUGUACAGAGUACACAGAAAAAUGGUUCCUGCAACAGAAAGAGUCGUGCUGCGCGUACAGAGCGUUACAUAAAACGUAUAUCCAGAGAUGAAGGACACAGAUUACCCGAAAACUUAAACAACAUUGGGAACAAACGCAACAGUCUCGAAUUUAUGAAUGAACGAUCAUCCGUAGCUGUAGAUACGUAUGAAUUAUUUCAACCCCAACAGCAAUCUUUUAUCAAUUAUUCAAAUAGUAAUACGUUUCCUGUACAAAGAUCUGUUGAAAACUUAAGACAAUCAGGGGUGGCUGUAUCCAGUUUCCAAGCAAGAUCAUCUAACGAUCUCACAAAGCCUCAUAUGAGCAAAUAUAUAACAGACUUAAAUCAAAAUAAUACGUAUGCAAAGCCGAAUGUUCUGCAGAAGAGUAAGAACCACGAUGAAAGUUUAUUUGAUUCAUCGGUUAGUACAAAUUAUCCGGAGACUUAUACUUGUACGAAAAGUCGUCAAUUCAUAAAUCAAAGUUCCUCGCCACCCGAACCACCACCAAGAGACCCGCGUUUUCGGGCGUUCGGUUAUGGCUGCAAUUCAUUUCCGUUUAAUGGAAAAUAUUCUACAAGACACGAUGAUACCUUGCGUAUGAAAAUGAACGACAUCCACGAGGUCACCAAAGACCACUUGAAAGGCCUAAGGUCGUACGAUUCUAGCAAUGAAAUCAGCUGGUGUGGCUCGAACAAGCAAUGUCCACGACGUCCAUUGUCUCUAACUGUAAGUUCCACGCAGUCCUGCAAUUUAUCCGAGUGUACGAACAACAAACAUAAUUCAACCGGUAGACAUGUGGACGACCCUUUAAUUUACGAAACAGAAGCAAUGAAGUGUCAGAGAAGAAAUAAUCGCAACGAUCAACUAAACUCCAGAUUUCACAACUACGAUUCUUAUACACAAAACAUCCGGAAGAGCGCUUUGUCACCUUCCUCUAACAAGAUUUCAGAUACCUCGCGUAUAAGAUCUCCAACCAAGCGCGUUCCGAGGGAAGAUGAAGUACCUGCGGUGAAUAUGAGAACGAAACAGAAGGAACAGCAAAGACCAACCGAGCAGGAAAUAUUGGAAAGAAGAAGGAGUUCAAAGAACCUGGAGGAGGCGCUUUCUGAGCUGGAGGCGAUAUACAACAGUCUCCGUUUAGGAGAUGAAGACCUCCUCGAUCGGGCCGAGCGACGCAGUAUGGAAGAAUUCAGUUUGCGCCAAGCAAAAACCAGCAAUAAUAUUCCAUAUAUUUCAGAGGAUCCAGACCGAACAAAAGACGACAUGGCUUACAGAAGAAUGCAUCCAAAGGAGAGGCCUGCAUCUUUGUCGGAAGCGGUUGGUCAAUCCGCGCUCUCUAAUAUCAGUUACCUAAUAGCCUCUCCGGUGUUAACACGCAAAGACUCUGCCGACGAUUUCGACUACACCGGAAACUAUCCAGCACGCAGAGACGAGCCGGACGUGACUCGCGACGAUGUCGUUUAUCGAAGCAUCCAUCGCGCCAACAACACUCUGAAGGUGAUGGACCCACAACCGCCGUUCGGUAUACCUUUAGGGCCCGUGACAACUGCCCCUGAAAGCGACUACUUGCACACAACGCCAACAAAGCCGGACCAUCCUCGUUCCUUGUACAUACCACAAUGCGAGCCAGACAUUGUUACAGACGAUUUGGCCUACCGAACACUUAGGAAAGAUGCCAGCACGAAGAAUACCGUUGAAAGUAAAAACAGCACCACGGACCAGGAAACCGCUUUUGGUACCAAAAAGAAGCGGGCAGUUAGAUCUCUCUCCGCCAAUCUGUAUGGGUUGAUCAAUCACGACGCGAUCCAUCUGCGAAGGGAACCCAGUCUUCAAGAGAUCACGGACCAGAUCAGCGACACGGUGAUCGACAUUGGAUCGUUACCUGCCAGGUCCGGUUGCUUCAGACGCGUUGUAAGCGACGGCGAACUGUCUGAUUAUGACACUCGAUGGAGCCCCUUGAAGGUCAGCAAGACCGACAUAAACGGAAAUCACUCUGUCUCGAAUUUACAAAGGAAAAAACUGCGCGUUUACGUUGCACCAUCGACUAGGAUACAAGAUCAUGAUCAGAAGAGCGAAGAAGACGUUCGGUCACAGUCUUCUAGUGCCAUACUGUCCAAGGCAUUGAACAAUGAGUUCUGGCAAGACCCCGUACAGACCAAAUGCAACGAUACAGUUGAUAAAGACACAGAUUCGGACUUCACAGCGUACAGCCGGCUGUGCCAAGACCUAGUGAACCUGAUAGAAGGGUCAAACGACACGGAAGUGAAAGAAACCAGUCAGACGGAUACAUUAAAGGAGAUGAGCGAAUCUCCAAUGUUGCGUAUCCAGUCUCUGGGCAGCCAAUACGCGAAGGAUGACGAGGAAAAUGUUGAAGAACGGGACGUUGAAAAAGAUAAGGACGUUGAAGAGCUGACGGAGUCCCUGGCUAAUCUUGAAGACUCCGAGAAGACUGACGAUAGCGCGUUCGACUUCUAUCUUCGUGUCGCUGACGAAAAUGUUAAACUAAUUGCGGAGGCGUUCAGCAGCGUGGCGGAUCACUUACGUGAUAGUCGUGUAAGCCAGAAGAAUUCGCUGACGUCGCAACGUUCUGAAAUAGAAACCGAUAGUACUGCGCCCAACACGAGUACUCGCAGUUCCGUUACGUAUAGUCCAGAUGAUGCGAACGAUGACUUUUUUGGUGCGUCAAAGACCACCGAUGCGUUGAGCAUAGUUCCUAAAGAAGAUGCAACGAUGACCUUGAAACAGGACCAGGAGGAAGUGGAACAGGAAGAGGGGACGAAUGUGGACCCGGAACUCGAUUUGUCCAAGGCCGUUCACGAUUUACAGUUAGCGGCGGCGAGUUUGUGCGAGCACGAGAAGGAGAUCGAGGAAUUAGAGGCGUUGCUGAGGAAAGAUUCGAGCGUUGAGAUCAAACAGGACGAAUGUCAGUUAAUCGCAGAGGAAGGUGGCACAUCGGACGAAGAAAAAGAUACGGAAAAAACUGUACUACCGACCGAUGUUAAUUUAGAAUCCGACGAACGCGACCCAAAUUGCGAAGGUGAGAGUACUGAUUGCAAGAAUGUUUGCAAAUACGUCGAUACCGCUCGUUCAACUGAGAAGCGUAUUUCGUAUGUUACUAACCUCAUAACCGUAAUGAUUACUACGUAUUCCGUGGUUUUGCUGGCUUGUUUUCUUGCACUGCUUUUAGCGACGGUAGCAGUAUCAUGACCGGCCCAUUAACCGACAGUGUCUUAAAAUGCAUUUUUUUGUGAAGGUUUGAUGCGAAUACGUUAUCAUUUAUUUAGAGGCUAUUAUUAUUUGAAUUAUGUUACUAAUGUCGUAGGUCUCCUGGCACAUGAUCAUUCAUGAUGUGAACCGUUCGAAUAAAGAGUGAAUAAACUAACCGAUACACAACGUCGUUGAGCGACAUGCGGCAGGACAAUUGAAUUUUGUGUAAGGUCUGUGGACUGUUUCAGAAGGAAUGAUUCGUUCUUGUUGUUCUUGUUAAUGUUGUUGAUUUAAUAAAGUUUAAAUGUUAACGA